AUGCUCCGUGGCGGAACCCGGUUUAAGCAAUCUCCUAAGCAGAACCUGACAUCAAGCUAUGUUCUAAACGAAAUUAAGGAAACUGUCGUACUGGAACUGAGGAAAACGCAAGCCAAUUUUGAAGAGCAACUUACUGAAAAAAUUAACAAAUUACUUGCUGAGCAAUUUUUGGCGCUAAAAAAUGAAUUUUUAGAAAAGAUCAAUAUGGUGACGACUAAAAUCCAACAAUUAGAAGUAACGCUUAUGACAAAAGCAGACACUUAUAAGGAUGCAAUAACUAAGAAUUUGAGUUUAAAUACAACAUCAAUUAAAGCUGGUCAUAAAACUAAAACUCAGUCCCAGAUGAAAGCAAAGUCCGUCGUACAAAAUGAAAAACCAAGUACCUCGCUUGCAGAUUCAGUACCUGAUGCAGAUAGAACUAUGCAGAAGUCCCGCUCUAAAUCCACUCCUGCAGUUGGCGAUCCUGACUCCGAUAAUCUUCACAAAGGCGGAUGGAUGGAGGAAGACAAGAGCAGAAGGAAGAAAUGGGAUGAUGGGAAGUAA